UUCAGCCAGCUUCAGCCGGUGCUCGCAAUCGCAUGUCGGGCGAAGUAUGCCAGCAUGUUUUCGCGCAGCGUAAACAAUGAUUAUCUAUGCUUCUUACUGGCCAUGUGUGCCUUUCUGCCGUGUAUCGUAGCCGAAACGCCAGGUUGCACGCUGUUGAACAAGGACUCGAAAUCGGAGAAAGCGCUUUUAGAAGGGUUGCACGACUUGAAGGGCGAAACUUUCACUGUCGAGGACAGGGUAGACGGUAAACUGAAAAAUGUCUACGAAAUCGGCGUCUGCGCGAGCGUCAACAAGUCGGCGCCACAAGUAGGAGCGAUUCAGCAUGUCAUUGGCGAUAAAGGCAAUCAAACAGUUGUGUUAGGCCAGCUGAAUUCUACCACGCUAUCUGGAGCCCCUGGAUGGACUCUAGUCACUUAUAAAAAUGGAGAUCGUUAUAAUGGAUCCUGUAACAACUCGUCGCGUGAAGUCCAGUUUGCAGUCAUCUGCAGUCCAAACGAGCAUCACGGCUCCCUUCAAAUUGCGUCCAGUGGCCGUGCGGGAGAGAUGGCGUGCUCUUUCCUUUUUGUGAUCAGCAGCAGUGUCGUUUGUUCAAAGGAGAAACAUGAGCAGCAUCAUCAUGGCCUCAGUGGCGGUGCUGUAUUUUGCAUACUGUUUUUCACAGUGGCUGGCAGCUACCUGCUCCUCGGUUUCCUGUACAAGCGCAUUGUUGUUGGAGCAAAAGGCCUGGAGCAGAUUCCAAACUAUAGUUUCUGGAAGGAUUGUGGCAACCUUCAAGCUGAUGGCUGCAACUACAUCUGCCGAUGCCAGUGUGACUCCUCUGACGAGCAUCGCUCCUACCGGGACAUUGAUGACAGGCCGCUGCGCCCGGACGAAGACAGGGACGACCAGCUGCUGACCAUGCAUUAGCUCUCUUGGGUUCGUGAACAGCAUGCAUCGCCAAGUAGAUGUGUGGGUGAGGGAGAAGCAUGGAGCGGGAAAGUUUUGACUGCACACAUCUUAUAAUUAGUACAUACUUAUAGUCUUUACAAGCCGUUAUUCUGUUGUCUAGGUUUAUAUAUUUCUGGAAUGGGAGAUAUUUUGGAAUCUGCUGUCAAAAUGUCUGUUUACUUGGCAGUCCCUGUGGCAUAGCUGUUCUCUGUGUAAGGCCUCACACACAGCUGCUGUAUGUUCCACCACCAUCAUGGGAAGAAAACGUGCCAGAGAUGCGGUAGAGCAGUUUUCAAAUGACACAGCAAGAGCAGAGUGUGAAGGUUGCAUAUAUAUUACAAUUUGAAUAACUCAGCAUGCAUGCGAAAUGACGUAAAAAUAAUUUUCAACCGUCAAGUAUAAAAACAUAAACAGGUUUCUCAACAAGUAGUAACUGGUGCCUGUGAGGACUCUCGGCGGGAAUUUUCCACUGGCUCAGUUUCCAACGUGGGGAGCUUCAUCAGAGACAUGGUGAUGCAACUGUAGAAGCGAAAACUAUGCGGCCUCCCAGAGGAGAAACCAGCCAAAUGGAAGGCGGCGACAGUCAUGGGAUGGUGCAGAAAACAGCUGCAUAAAUGAGGCUUACUGCCCCUAGAAUCGCCUCACUUCCCAGCUUUUUGUUGCAUACAUUUAACUGAUCUCCGAUGACCAUGAAUGUUGGGGACCUGUGCCAAGGCUUCCCAUAGCACUGUGGCAAUCAUCACGGGUGCUUUUUAUCAUGACUUUGCAUAAAUCGCCAGUGCCAGCCAAAGAUGCCGAACAUGUAGCAAUGGUAGCCAAUUAUGUGCACAAAACCUGUUCACAAUAAGCAUAAGCGAAGCUGUCACAGAGUUUGUGUGCACUGUGCAAUUUUUAUUUAUUUUUUUCAGUUGUUAGAGAAUCGAGCCUUGUGGUAUAUUCGUGCACAUAUGGUAUGCAGGGCUGGGAAAGUAUCAUAGUUGUUAUACAUUUGCUGCACCAAACCUUCUCCUGCACCAUCGUGGUUACCGGCUUUCGACAAGAGGAGGGGAGGAGCUGUAUUCUCGGUCAGUCACUUUUGGGGAUACCUUCAAUUUUGUUUAAACUGCCUGGCAUCUGGUGCAACGCCCUGCAGAAGAGGCAGGUGUUCUGGUCGCUAACUUGGCCAGUCAGCGUUGACGGAAAAUGAUAUCCCUGAAAGUGAUUCAGUGAGAAUGCCACUCCAGAAGUCUGCGAUUCAAAUAAUGUGCAGGCUCAGCAGUAGUCCGUUGCGAAGGUCCUUUAAAAAGCACGAUGGCAUUUUCCUAGUUUAACAACACUUAGUUUAGUUUUAUUUGAAAGAGGGCAAGUUACCUUAGCUUUGUUUGGAAGUGUUUCGAUUAUAGUUAUAUUCCUGAAACACACUUAGUGAGUACAUUACUGUUUUGUUAAAGCGGUCUCAGUGUGACGAUCGGAUGACCAGUUAGUGGGCGAAAGAAUGGCUCGUCCUUUGUGCUGUUUUAAUGGUGUCAAGAGAGAUAGACUCCUAGAGCAAAAAUGACGGCUGCAGUAGUUACCAGCAGUGUUCAAAGAACGUUAAGGCAGCUUCCUCACACAGAUCGCAACAAGCACCACCAUUCCGCUGAAAAUGAGGUACUUGAGGCUGUAUUUUUCAACAUUUCUCGACUCGACCUUGCACUCAAAUUUCAUAAAAGGGGUGCAGCGCCUGUCUGCUGAAGUGAUCACCGCGAUUCAUAAACACCUCUAAGUAGUCGCUGAGCUGCACUUUGCUAUUAAGCACUUUUGCAGUCUACUCGAAGUCGGUGGUGUGGAAAGGUUCUUUUCAACUGAAACCUCUCGGUAGAGAUUUUGAAGGAGCAGUGUUGAAACAUAGUGACUGUUUCAGCCGAAGCUGCAGCUUCCGACUAUUUAGAGUUGAGGUACAGCGUUGAGCUGAGGAACAUAUAUGAAUACAGGGGUUAGUGCACAUUCUAGAGCUUGGCACCGUUCGUCACAGUGGUUACAGCUCUCGUGCACUUCCUGCUUGUGAAACCACAGAGCUGAUUGUUUGCAUUGUAGUUUAUGUGGCCAUGAUGUCAUAGUUACAACAUGCACAUGUUGCUCAUAACGAUGUGCAGAGCUCAUCACAUGUAUGAGACUUUACAGGCAUUCAGUGCUGCCGUAUUGUGGCCACUUCUAUGGCAGUGCUUAACAUUCUCAAAUAGGAGUUUGUGAGAUGGAGGUUGUCAGACAGCUGUCAUUCAUAUCCACAGUUCAUGUUGACAAACAUUCCAUGCAUGUGAUGGAAGGCCCUAUGCUUGACAUGUUUUUCCCACGUGCCCCCUCUUUUUUUUCUCUCUCUUUUGAUCAUGAACAACAGCAAUCUAUAAAUUUCAGCCAAUCGAAAUAUAUGGUUUAUUGAUUAGUUAAUUGUAUGAGUGGGCUUUUACAUUGUAAAGCCAUAAAACCAUAGCCAAAAUAUGAGGGAUGCCAUAGUUGCUGCAUAAUAAUUUUAACCAUCUGAGGUUCUUUCACAGGAAAUCUCAGCAGCUAAGAAGAUUGGACUUGAUACGGUUCACAGAUUUUAAAGGUAACCUGUUAUGUUUUCAGAAUGAAGUCUCGCUCUGCUGAUAUGCUGGCAGUGCAGGCGAGGAAACUGCAAGGCCAGCAUAUCAGCAGAGCGAGACUCCGUUUCAACUGGGUCACUUCUAGCCAAGCUUUCUGAGCACAAGCUCUUGCCACUGCCUUCAUAGUUAGUCAUGGUAGAGGAAACUAAGGAUGUUUGAGGAGCUAGUUUGUCAUACAGAAUGCAGGAGCAUGCCAAACACAAGGACAAAUAAUGCCAUUUUCGCUGUGAUUAUCUCUGUGGUUUAUGUUUGGUGUUGUCUCCAUGUCAUGGUCUAAACAUUUGACAGGACCCACUGAGGUAUAACUGCUUGUUUCGUUACAAAUGUGCCCCUCCUCUUGAAUUCCAGCACUCAAAACUAAAUGGUGCGUUAGGGUUUCGUUUUCGUCAGAUAACCUCCACGAUAUACUCCGUGCAGCAAUUGCAUCACGACUUGAAAUGUGGCUGAUCCUAAUCAUGCACACUAGGGGGGCUGCACCACCACAGAUGCACUAAACUCUGUAAAAACGGGCAUGACGUCCGAAUGUGCAAGUUUGUUUUAAACAGCCAAAGUGAGCUAGCGUUACCGCAUUUUCCAGUGUAUAAGAUGCAGUUUUUCUCUGAAUUUUUCGUCGGUGUGUCUUAUAGAACGGUGCGACUUGUGUACGUUUCUUUUUUUUUUUCUUUUUCUGAAAAACUGCUGUCAAAAUCGGAUUCGAUGUUAUGGCCACGCGAAGCAUGCUGGGUUGACCUAAUUGCUACGAGUUCCGUGCACGCUAUUGAGGUACCGCAUUUUUUUCGUGCUCGAGUUCCCGAGAAGGAUGGAGCAGCACCGCAAGCUGCGGCAGGCCAACUGCCAGUCGACGGACCCCGAAGUUGUCGCAUCUGCAGAUCACUGUCAAGAUACGGCACGCGCCGCUGCACAAACCACGCAGUUGCUACCAGAAUACAAGCCACCCCCCCUCCCUCCUGCGCUGCCUUCCCACUUUCCUCCCUUGUGCGUGAUUCGGCUCACUGUCGCACGCUUCCACUUGCACAUACAGCAUACGGUGCGCGGCGACCACGACUGCAGAAAUGCGCCUGAAGUGGCCAUAGCAGAAAUGCGCCUGGAGUGGCCAUAACAUUGCUAUCGGUACCCAUACGCUUGCACGUGACCUGUGUUCACGGAGUUAAACGUCGCUGUAAUUUUUUUUAAAUCGCUUACCUAAUGAACAGGUGCGUCUUAUACACCGGUGCGACUUAUAUGCAUUUUUUUUCCGGAAAUACUGUCGUUUUGAGGGGGGUGCGUCUUAUACAAAGGUGCGACUUAUAGACUGGAAAAUAGCGUACUUGGUCCAUCAUGUCGCAUUACUAAUUACUUGGACCUUCUUGCACGGUAAACCAGUGGGCAUUGCAGCUACUCGUCUAAACCAAGAGGGGAGAAAUAAGAUGAAACCAGAACCUUCAAGUGCAAUACUGCAGCGUCAGCAUUGGAGCGGGCUCAAUGUAAGCCACGAGAUGCUGUGACUGGAAGCUGCUGUGAAUCUUGGGCAGUCAUUCAUUUCUCACUUUCACAUUGUUUUCUCUCUUGCGCUCAUUGCAUUUGCUGACCUCAGCAAAAGUGGCACAGAACUUUAUUUCACAACACCAAUUUGCCGCUCUAGCCACAACAUUUUCUUGCUAGUGUUCCUUUAGAAUAGGGCUCAGUUUGCAAGCAGUUGCUUUUUGGUUGCACUGAUGGGAGUUUCAGGCAUCCUCUGGUGAAGCUGUGAUUCCUAGAAGAGAUUGUCCUAGUUGGUGUUUGCUGAAGGACAUGCUAUUUACCGCUAGAGAGAUAAAUACGCAGUACAGUCAUCGUUUAUGUUUCGUGCUGUGUACUCAUCUCUGUAGUGGAAAAUAUGUCCUUUGUGACUGCACACGUACCUAAUUCAAGACUGUGGUGUCCAAACUGCAUCAAGCAGCUUUGAGCUCGCUCACUGAAUGCAGUUCUACACAAAGAGCGGAAAACUAGCGUAGGACUAACUGCAAGCUUUCAGGUGUCUUGCUCAUGGUAGCGAAACAGAUCAGCAAGCGAUGCACAAACAUUCACCUUUUACCAAGCAUUUUCCAAAUUUAUGGCACUCCAUCAAACCUCUGAAAGUUCAGUAGAUUCACAUGGCUCUAGAGAUCACAGCAUGCCCUUGUCUGCGCAAUACGUGAUGCAUUCUGAUCACGGAGGCCUGAAUUUUGGCAUACAGGUGGUCAUUGCCGCUUGCAGUCAGAGAAGCAGAUAUGUCGUUCAUGAGUUGAAAUGCAUUGUAAAAUUCAAGUCUGUUUUGCCGUUUGAAAUUUUUGGCAUCAUAGUUGCAGCUGGGCACAAGUGAACACCAAAACACCUGUCAAUAGUAUUUGCAUAGCAAGGGCAAAGCUAAGAGCAAGCAGGUGCCGGAAAUGCCUGAGAAGUUUCCUAUCAACAUCAUAAGUGUACACCACCUAUAAGGGACGUAGCCGUAAUUUAGAUCAUUUUCAUAUCCUUUCUUUUGCCUGCGCUGGAGCUGCACUCGGGUGUACAUCUUAUUUUCUUUGGGAGUUUGUGUCUGGCACACACGUCUAAUACCGCACCCAUCUGCACCGCCUUCAAGAAACUGUUCACAUAAAAUGUCACAGGCAGAAGCCAGAGCUCUUGUGUGCAUCCCUUAAUUAAUUAAAUGCAAUAGUUCGGGUAGGUGGCCUACACAAAGUCCAGCCAAGUGGUGAAGGUCAUGUGGCUCAAAAGACUACAAAAAGCAUGCAGUUAGCACACUCAACAUACGUACAGUUGGCCCCAAAAGCUUACGAGACAUGGGCGCCACAGCAAAUGUCAAUUUCUGCAUGGUUAAGGUUUGAUACUUCUAAUUUGAUAGAUCUCUGCGAGGUCGCAAAGGCUACUGCACAAUGACAUUUUGAAGAUACCAUGACCCAUAAACCUUUGUGGCUGACCUGUACAUUUUUUAAAAGUUGGGCAGAAGUGAAAAUUCGAGUCCUCAAAUUUAGUGCACCGGGUAAUAUGUGAACGGCAAUGCAAUCGCACUGUCAACUUUCAUUCGUUUACGGUAUGCUUUUGUAGGCGCAAAACGCAGUUGUGUGGGUUAUAAGAAUAUAUGCUAUGGGCCGAAUUGAUUAUGUUAUCUGUACUGCAUGCUGUAAGUGCACAUGCUGACCCAAGUAUCUAUCCGAAGGCCUUCCACUUUAAUUUCUCUGGUGCUAAUGACAAUAGCACUCAUUUGUAUCGAAUGCACAUGCAAAGUCCUCGACAACUUCUCAGUUGAUUUAGGUGUCAAUGGUUGUGAGGCUGUAGUGUUCCAACCAGCACGAUGAAGUUUAUACACCAGUGCCACCACCGAACAAGUGUUAUUGGAAGCUAAACUGAUUUGUACGAAGUUCCAAUAACACCAUCUUCUUAUACUUGACAAAAAGCAUACAUGUAUUAGCAUUGCACAAGCACUUGACAAAAUACUGCAUUAUUAUUUUUUAUUUUUGCACACACUGCAUUUUGUUGAAUUUUGCUGUAUAGCGGAGAUCUGUGAACAAGUACGUUUAGUGCAUGUAUUACACUGCACAGCUGUGUUCUGGGUGGUCAUAUUUUGUAAACCAACUACAUUGAGAUCCAUGGCAAACAGGCAAAGGUAAUGGUAUGAAGUGCAUCAAGGUCUCUCUAUUCAUGUGUUGCACCAGUAAAAAUAUAUUGCCAGAAACCUUAACGGCAUUGCUGGUCUGAGGAGAUUGCCAGAAAUUAUUCACCUUGCAGUACUGGCAUGCUCCCAAAUGCAACCUGUAGUAAGGACUAAGCUAAGAGCCAACAUAAGCCAAUGCCUCAUCAUCAGUUUUGGCAUAUAAAGCCGCAUUUUUUUCUUUUGCAAAGCAUUUGUAAAGCAACAUUGUGCUUGUCUAAAGGCUGUUGACAUUCCUUAUACAGCACUUUCAGCACUUUAAUUGGUAAAACUCUGAUGCUUUACCAGUGUUAUGCUAUUUAUUGGAAUCAAAUUUAUUGGCAUAGUCCUGUUGCAAAAAGUCCUAAUUCGUUCUUAUAAUUUGUACAUUUUCCAUAUUACUUUCACACACAAAAAAAAACUUGCAGAUCUGGUAGUUUCAUAUUUGCAGAUUUCUAUGCACACAUUGAAAACAUGGAGUUAAAUGCGCAUGGAUCCUCUUUGUUCAAGUGCAUUGGUGAAAUUGAAGAAAAUAAGGCCUUGCAACCUAAUGCCAUUAAACUUACCUUGUGUGGUCUGGAUACAAGUUAACACGACAUUCUUGGGCUUGCGUGCACGUAUUAAAUGAAACUACGCAAAGCAGUGAUGUAAUUGUAGUGUUCUGCACUUUAUAUCUGUGUGCUGUGUAAACAUCUUUGUAGUAUUUUUCAUUUUUCACAAAAGACCAUCAGUGUGAUGGCACAACUAUUUUGCCAAUGUGUUAUAGGUACUGGAGUUCUCACUUUUGUCAUAUUCUGUGGUGGAAUUCUACGCAUAUGUCUAUGAAACUGUUUGCUUCCCAUCUCGUGAAGCUUUUGUGGGCAUUCUAAACUUGAACUGAACGAGUUGCUUGGAGAGCUCACAUGGAGCUCACCUCUAGCUGGCAAAAAACCAGUUUUGUUCACUAGAAGUGGCUAACUAGGGUGCUGGAAUACCAUGGAAGCAUUGGCACUUCUCUCAGUGCAAGCAUUCCUUCCCUGCUUACUGUGUGGUGUAAGAUCCGAAGGUGUUCUUAGUGAGGGACAGUUGAUUACAAAAUUCCUCUUGACAUUGCACCACUGAUACAUGCUGAACCCGCAAAGAGAUUGAAAAACAUUUGUAGGUUUCAAAAUUGGUCCUAAGUAUGUCAAGAUUAACCUUUGUCCUAUAGCCACAUGCAGCAUUUGCAGCAGUUUAUAUUUAGCCUCAGAGAGGUGUGCUUGGGGAAGCAUAUAAUAAAAUGGUUGCCUGGUUAUCAUACCUCCUAGCCGCAUACUAUUCAUGAACCAUAUAGGUGUAGGUUAAGUCGGUCACCAAUCCAGCAAUGCCAUUUUAACACAGUCCUUUGACUACUCACAUGUACCAGAUUCUACAGUCUGUCAGCUGUGUGCAGUCUCACGUCAAGUCGGGUGGUGCAAAACUUAGUGGCCUCUGUGACUCCAAAAUGUUGCUGUAAUUUCAGAGGCAACAUUGUAAAUGAAAUAGCUGGUUUCUCUCUUCUUUGAGAGUUUUGACUCUUAAUUGCAUUCACGGACACUUCACUGAGCCAGUAGAACAAGUCGAUAAACGUGUCGCAGCUGGGUUGACGCAACUCAAUAAAGCAGCUUGACCCGAUUUUUCAAGCUCGUAUGUGGCCGACUGUGCAUAGGACUACUUGACAGUGCAGUGCUAUGUACAGUCGGCCACAAAAGUUUACGGGGCAUGGAUUCCGUGGCAAAUGUGAAUUUCUGCUCCAUCAAGGCAUAGCACUUCUAGAUUAAUGGAUUACUGUGCAGGUUACAGGGGUUAUUGCACACUAAAACUUUGAUUUCAAGGCUAUGGGGCCAGGCUUAAUGAAAAUUAAUAUUUUUCGCAAAUCCCAUGUCUCAUAAACUUAUGUGGCCGACUGUACUGUCUGUGUCCAUCUCUUUUAGCUGCGGUAAAAUCAUUUGAUGAUGACCUACCAACAAGCUUAUAUAUAGCCACUUUCAUUAACCUACAAGUUGUAUGUAAAUCAUUGAAACGGUAUGAGGAGGAGGCCUGUGUUAUUGGUGCAACGGUCUGAACACUGCACUGUUAGUGCAGCGGAUAAUACAGUCAAACCUCGUUAUAACGAAGUUGAAUCUGUUACGAAAAUGCUUUCGUUAUGUCCGAUGUUUGUUAUAGGCAUAUAUUCGUUAUAUGCCAAUAUUGGCUAAAAACAUUUUAGAUUUCCUUCUGUUAUAUGGUGUUUCAGCUGUAUUUCCAUUCGUGGGACCUUGGUGACAUAGCCACAUAGCUUCCAAGACUUGUUAAGUGCCAUGCAAAAAUUUGAUCUGCACUUUGUGUAAGCUGUAAUACAUUCGGAUUGCUCUCCUAGCAUUUCUUGAUCACUCUUUUUCUUCCUCUCUUCCCAACCCCCCACUUCCCAUGUUGGUACCUUGGUAUUGUACACUUCAUACUACUAGUCAUACAAGAACAUGCUGUGGUGUUUUUAUUUCAUUUGUAGUUUUACAGAAUGUUCGCACUUCCAGGGUUUUUUGUUGUGUGAGUUGAUGUUAUUUAAAUGUCAAGAACAUCUUUGCCGCAUUUGAACUUCGGUGACGAGUUUUCCUAGCUCUGAUGUGAAGCUGCCGCCAAUUUAAAGUAAUCUCUUGACUGAAGCAAGGAACAUGCGUGAGCAACAGCUACUGCAGUUCAAUAGCACUCGCUAGCUGUGACAGAACAGGCCCCAGCCUGUCAUUAUUUCUGCAACGAAAGUGUGAUUGUUUGAACUGUUGGACGAAUUUAUUAUUGUGCUUCGUGCCUGGAUUUUUCUUUUAUUAGUGUCGUGCCGUAGCGAAAUUGGAUUUUUCUAGACUCUACAUGCUUCUGUGUUGAUACUUUGUGGUCUUUUGGAUGUCACCAGCAACUCGGUGUGUUUUGCCCAUUGUUUCAAACAUGUUGGCACUGUGUUUAUCUGCUUUGCCUGGUUGCAUGUACGAUUGGUUUUAUGGAAAUAAAUGUGGAACACAUCAAA